AUGGCCCGAAUGAAUACAAAGCAACCCCGACACCACUUGCAGAGACUAAGUGAAGUACCAUCUGAAAGUCUCCUUGAAGAUGUGAAUGUAGCAUUGAGAGCGAUCAUCACGGAGACCAAUGAGCUGAUAUACACUUCAGCAGAAGUGAUCCUAGAGAUGACCCUGAUGGUGUCCCGAUGGCCUAGUCUUGUGUCUGCCAUGGCUCUGAGGAGGUGGACCUUGCAGCUGUUCAGAUGGACCUCUCUGUGGCUGGUCUCUACAGCACUGUGGAUAAUGGUGUUGUGUGUGGACUCUCUUCCCUCCUGUCCUCGCAGCUGCAGUUGUCCCGCGCUCAGAGAGGUCCACUGCACCUUCAGGCACCUCACAUAUGUCCCCAAGAGCUUCCCCCGAGACACACAGAGACUCAACCUGGGGUACAACAGUCUGACAGAGGUGGAGGGGUCAGAGAUCAGGUCGCUACGGCAAUUGGAAAUGUUGAUGCUCCAUGGCAAUGACAUCGAGACCAUCCAAGAUGGAGCUUUUUAUGGGCUCAGAGCACUGCAGAUCUUGAAGCUGAGUUAUAACAAACUGACUUCGGUGCGAUCAGGUCUAUUUGAGGGUCUGGUGGGUCUAGUUCGGUUACACCUGGAUCAUAACCUGAUUUCCUUCAUCGAGCCGUACUCUUUUUCUGGUCUCACGUCACUCAAACUGCUGCAGCUGGAGGGAAACCUGCUCAAAGAGAUCCACCCCCACACUUUCAUCACUGUGUCUGUGCUCGGGCAAUUCUGGAGCUCGGGACUCAAACAUCUGCACCUGUCAGAGAACCUGCUAGAGCGCCUGCCCUCCUCUUCUCUCUCCUCUGCUCCUCGUCUGGAGCUGCUCACCCUCCAUGCAAACCCCUGGGUCUGUGACUGCAGUCUACGCUGGUUGGUACACUGGGGAGCAGAGCAUCAAGGUGUGGUGAAGUGUAAGAAAGACCGUGACUCUGGCUCUGUUGGGGUCUGUCCCCAGUGCUCCUCUCCUUGGCCUCUGAACUCCUCUAACCUUCUGGACCUAACACCUGACCAGCUCACCUGUGAACGCCCUGCCAUCAAAUCCCAUUUCAAACUAUGGAACAACCCGCUCUGGUCUGAAUCCGAGUCUGAGCCAGAUGUUCCCUACACCCGGGACUUCGAAAAUAGCCUUGGCAAACUGACUUUUGUUCUCUCCGAUAGCCAUUCCAACCAUGCCCAUGUCGCCUGCGAUGUUCGUAAACCUGCGGAAACUUCACUGAUUUCAUGGAGUACGAAUUCUCAAACUCCGGACGAUGUUUCGGUCAAUGUCACGUUAGUUACUGCACUUGAAUGUGAAAUAGAUCGGGAAUCAUUGCAAAAUCUGUGGCAGUUGGUUGCAUACUAUUAUGAAAGUCCAGCCAUUUUGGAGAGAGGACAACUACGAGGGAAUACAUCAACAGUAACUUAUCAAUAUACGCAAGUCAUCAAUGACAACUCACCUUAUUUUACAGAAUUAAAGGGAUACAUGUCAGCUGAACCAUCUUGGCUGCUUCAACCAAGAGUAACUUUGAAGCUAAACAGACCACAAACAACAACCAAGAAGCUAGUUAUGGAUUUUACAACAGUAAUUACCAAAAAUAUGAAUAGCUACACAGGACAGGAAGAAGACAGGGACAUCACUUCCUCUUGGGCUAUGAUUCGCAAAGGUGGAAAUGGGCAUGUCCAAACUGCACUCGAAGGUUCCAAGGUCAAACUCGAUUGUAACGUCAUUGCAUCAGAGCCACAAAUCAAAGUGGAAUGGAUGUUACCGGAUAUGUCAAUAUUGGAAAAUUCAAAUAAUAAAAUUGAAAUCACACAAAACGGUGAAUUGGUAAUUUUGAAUGUGACUCUUUUGGAUUCAGGAGUGUAUCACUGCAUGAUCAAGACUAUUGCUGGGGUUGAUUUGGUGCCGUUUAGGGUUACGAUAAAAGAAAAAUCACUAAGUCCGAAAGCCUUUAAUGGCAAGAAGUUUGAACUGGAAAAGGGUGAUUCAUUGACUUUGCCUUGUAAUGUAACUUCUGCACAACCCAGUCAAACUUUGUGGUACCUCCCAAAAAAUCAAAUAUUGCUCCCAACGCAACAGACAAGACAUGCACAAGUCAUGAACAAUGGGACUUUAGUGGUGAAAAAAGUAACUUCUGAAGAUGCUGGGGAGUAUAGCUGUUUAGCAUCUAAUUUAUAUGGCGUUGAUAUGAUAGCACAUGUUGUAGAGGUCAAAUCAGAUAAGCCAAAUGCUAAAAUUGAAGUAAAAAAUGUUCAAACUUUGCAAACAAAUUUCGAAGACGGAGGAGAGGGAUCAGGUGUAGAUUUUCAGGAAAUUAUCCGACCAUUCGCAACGCAGUUUCCAAAAAAAGUUGGACUACAAAGAAAUCAAAAUUUAAAAAGAAUUAGGGUUAAAGAUCCAAAACGAAAGCUGAAUAAAUCUGUAAAAGAGCUAGAUCCGAACAGAUGGGCAGAGAUAUUAGCCAAAGCAAAUGCUAAAAUGAUAGAAGCAACUAGCACCCAAAAGCUAACCACGCAACCGUUAACAACAACGACAACAACAACAACAACAAUGGCUACUACUAUUUUCAAUGCUUUUACAAGACAGUGCCAUCAAGACAAUUUGGAAGUAAAGAUUGAAAGUAUAGCUCCAGUUCUGCAAAUUCCACCUUGUCAAACAACUGAACCAUCUAUACUGAAAAUGGAAAACACUCCAGAAAUUUUAACAACCACUGCCUCUCCAGCUACGCAAAAUAAAUUUUACAAUGAAGAGAGGAGGAAUUCCAACAUUGUCCCAAAUCGGAGACGACCCCCUUUUGUACGCAGAAGACCCGGAAGACCAAGACUACGAUCAAAUCAUUUUAACAGGCUAGUAACUACUACUACUUUUCCUACUACUACUACUACUACUACUACUACUACUACUGCAACUACUACAGUAGCUUCAACUACAGACUCCAGCGCUGAGUAUAUGAUUGAAGAGGAGGAUGGUGAUUACUAUGACGAAGAUAUUGCAAAUGAAGUUAUGACUACUAAACUAAUUUCAACAACCAAAAAAAAUGAAAUUACUUCAACAUCACUGCCAAAUAUUUUUACAAUUCCAAUGAAAAGAGUUGAAGAAAAGGUUGAACAAUCAGGGUGGGUGACACCAACUUACAGUACAAGGGAUAGUGUAAGGUUAACAACACAGUUCAGAAUGCCAACAAAACCUAUACCUUUGCCAAAACUUGUGCCAAAUUUGCAGAGUGAACCAAAAGCAUCACCAAGAAUAGUUCCAGAGUCUAAAAUUCUAACGCAACAUGUUGUAAAAGUUACGGAAAAACCCAAAUUAAAAGCAGAAACUGAUGAUUAUCCAAUUCAAAUGCCAGUUCAUCCCUGGUUGUAUCGGCAAGACAACAGAGGAGGGGGGGAGACAAUGAAAGUGGAGGAGAAUAAGGAAAGAUCGAUUGGUAAAGAUCAAGAAGUGAAACCUCUAAGACCAAACCAGAGUCCAUAUGUUUAUCCCACAGUGCACUGGUCUCAACAGCAAAGACCUCCUCCUCAGCCUGGUCCGGUUUACCCAAUAUGGCCAAAGACACACUCAAAAGCAGGGUCUCACUUGAUGCCCACCCGUCACCCGUGGCUGUUCCAGCACCCAUGGGUCCAGGCUCCUUUCACAAACCGCCCUGAGAUCACAGCAGAGACAGUGAGGCCUACAGCGCCCCCUACAGGAAACUCUGGGUUCAACCAUCACCUUCCACCAGUGCACCACCCAAAUCAGCCCAUCAUCGACCAGCUGUUUAUAACACGCCUCCGGAACAGAUACAGACAGGCGCAGUUGGACCGAAUGGCUCAGCUGGGGAAGAUUGUGACUCCCAGACCUCGCACUAGCUACAGUAAAGUCCCAUUUGUGCUGACCCCACGUCCCUUCGACCCCACCAUCCACGGACCGUACACACUCAAAUACCCCUCUAAAUACCCCCCCAAAUACCCUCCUGCUCCUACGGCCUCCUACAGCCACACUCUGCCCUCUCCUUAUGGGAAGUCCUACUUCGGGUUUUACCCCACCUCAAGGUCCAAGUACCCCACUCCACUUGGCGUUCCCUAUGAAGGACACUGGCCCAUUGGAGGAGGUCGUGUGAGCUCCCGUCGCCCCACUGCCGCCCCUCCCUUUCCUUGGGCUGUGGGAGCAGAGUCUGGGUCUAAACCUCGGAUCUCUCCUGUGUCUACGGCCAGUGUCUCUGCUUUAGCCGAGACUGAUGUCCUUCUGCCCUGUAAAGCUACAGGUCUCCCUCCCCCCACCAUCGCAUGGACCAAAGUUUCCACUGGUGCCACCAUCCCUGCCAGCACCAAACACGGCCUGCGGUUUGAGGUCUUCCAGAAUGGCUCAUUUCUGAUCAAAUCAGUGCAGCUCCAGGACAGAGGCCAAUACCUCUGCACCGCUCAGAACCGCUUUGGAUCGGACCGCAGCGUCAUCACUUUAGCUGUCCAGACCCAACCCCCCAAAAUCCAGCCUCCCCAGUCCACCGAGUUCUCACUCUACCUGGGCCACAGUGCUGCCCUUCCCUGCCUGGCUUCUGGAAGACCCACCGCCCAGAUAUCAUGGAUACUUCCAGACCGGACGUUUGUGAGAGAUGUGGGUGCUGUGCACAGUAUUCUGGCUCCGAUGGUUUUAUUCUCAAAUGGGACGCUACAAAUCCACUCUGCAAACUUCUCCAGUAAAGGCGAUUAUAAAUGCAUAGCAAGUAACGCGGCUGGGGCAGAUACAGUUACAUACCACGUCCAUGUGGCAGCACUACCUCCCAGUAUCAGCGAGAAGGCAAUUGACACUGUCAUCAUACAACCAGGUCGUAGCGUGUUUGUGCACUGCUCUGUGAGAGGAGAGCCCACCCCCUCUCUGAAGUGGACCCUCUCGAGCGGCCUGUCUGUCAAACCCUCUCAAUUUGUGGGGCGCAGACUCUUCGCCUUCCCCAACGGGACACUCUACAUCAAGAACGUGGCAGCCUCUGAUGCUGGGAGAUAUGAGUGCCUUGCCACCAAUCCGGUUGGUUUCGCUAAAAGAACCAUCCAGAUCGACGUCUCUGCAGAUUACCCAUCAUUCCCUGCUCCUCCGCUCCCUGCUCCUGUCCCUGCCCCGCCCCCUCGUCACAGCACCCCUUCGAGGCUGCACUCUGUCACUGCAAUGUAUGGCUCUGCUGUUUAUCUGCACUGUCCUGAGUCCACAGGCUCCAAGAGAGGAACUGUGUGGCAGCUCCCCUCCAAGACUCUGCUUGACUAUAGAUACAGCCCUGAGCGUCCGAUCAGAGUGUUCAGAAACGGAACACUGAGAAUCCUUCAGCUCACAGAGACAGAUGCAGGGAGCUACACCUGUGUGUUCAACCGUCCCAACGGAGAGGAAGUGGAGAUGUUUCAGGUGGAGGUGCUGAUGACUCCUCCGAGGAUCGAACACGUGAGGACAGCACAGACCAGAGUUCCAUAUGGAGAGAACUUUCAGGUGGACUGUGUCGCCUCUGGCCUGCCUGAUCCUGAGGUUUCCUGGAGUCUUCCCGAUGGAACACUGGUCAACAAUGCCCUCCAAUCAGACGACAGUGGAACCAGACAGCGUCGCUACAUCAUUUUCACCAAUGGGACCCUACUCCUUCACCAAAUCGACAAGAAAGACGAAGGAGACUACACAUGUACAGCUAAAAACAAACUCGGGACAGACGAAAGGAAAGUUAGUGUCAAAGUCGGACCAAACGCGCCACAAAUCAAGUCAAAAUCGCAAUCUUUAGUUGUGGUUCGAUUGGGAGAUUCGGCAAAACUUAGCUGCGAAGCGAUAGCAGAACCUGCACCAAGAAUUAUGUGGAUAUCGCCAAGGAAUGCCGCAAUUCCAGCUUUAUCAGACAAAUAUGAGAUUUUGAACAAUGGAAUGCUGGUGAUCAAGAAAGUUGGGCUUUCUGAUGAAGGAAAAUAUGUUUGCGUAGCCAGGAAUUCUGCAGGAGAUGAUACGAAAAAUGUUAAAGUUGAAAUUGAGCAGCAAGCACCAAGCAUAAAUGGUCAAAAAGGGAAAAGUUAUGGUAAAGUUAUGGCUGUGAACUACCAAACAACUCUUCUGGAUUGUAAAGUUGAAUCCAAACCAGAGCCUAGGAUUUGGUGGGUUACUCCUUAUGCACAGUCCUUUGCUGUUGGAUAUCUCGGAGGGCGAUUUCAAGUUCACCGAAAUGGAAGCUUGGAGUUACGAGGUGUACGGAAAAAUGAUGAAGGGCGCUAUUCGUGCUUUGCUAAAAAUUUGCUCGGAGAAUCAACCUUAACAGUUGAAGUUGAGGUUGCGUCAAUAGCUGAGAAACCAAGCUUUGCAUUCCCAAGUAUUGAAAUCAUUCCAAUCAAAGAAGAUGGCGGAAAGGUGUUGUUGGAGUGUCCAGCGAGAGGGAAGCCAAACCCAGAGUUUGCAUGGCUGCUUCCCAAUGGCACGAUGCUGCCCCCUGGUGUUAGGUUGCAGAGGUUUCAUCAUUAUUCGAAUAACGGGAGUCUAAGGAUCUCACAGCCUGUACAGAGCGAUAAAGGAGUGUACCGGUGUUUGGCCAAAAACGUGGCAGGACAAGCUGAAAAACGAUAUGCUCUGGAGGCAGGACGCAAGCCGCUCAUCAGGGGAUCUGGAGGUGGAUUGAAGAUUAGUUAUGGCCAAUCUCUGUUCCUGCCCUGCCUCUCUGAUGGCUGGCCUCUCCCCUCUGUGUCCUGGACUUUACCCAACGGCGUUAUUUUGGACACGCCCCAAACCAUCAGCCGGGUGACUAUCUUCACCAACGGGACGCUCCUGGUUCGACAUGUAGCCACUUUUGACAAAGGAACCUACACGUGCCGAGCAACCAACUCCUACGGCACCGCAACAGUAUCCUACCCUGUAAUUGUAACUGUGCAUCCUCCGAGAAUCACCAGCAGUUUGAACGCAAUCACACGAGUUAGCCGAGGAACACCUGUUAGCUUAAGUUGCGUUGCUUCCGGCAUUCCCAAACCAGAGAUUUCCUGGACGUUGCCGGGAAGAACCACGAUUUUUCCGCAUAAUCGGUACACGGUGCAGGGAGGUGUUCACAUGACGGAGGAAGGGAGUCUGGUAAUUCAAAACCCGGUGCUCACGAAUUCUGGGAUUUACAAAUGUAAUGCCAAAAAUGCACUCGGAACAGACUUCAGAUCAACAUAUCUACAAGUGGUUUAAAGACAUUUGAUUUUGACUUUUUAAACUGAGAAAAACACUCAACAGGGAUGCAAUAAAGAC